UAAAUCAAGAUAGGAAUAUGAUUCCAAACAUACAGUACCUGCUGGCAGGCCAAACGAUGCCCUUCAAAUGAAUGAUACUGUAUAGGCCUAUCAUUUUCAUAGAAUAAACAGCUGAUUUGCACGGUGUAGGUUAGGUGCCCACUCUCCCUCCCGCUCUUGAAGGGGCGGAAAGAAGAGAGAGAGGGCGGGGGAUAAGCACAGUCGGCCACUUGUUGGAGGUUCCCGUCAAUUUCGUACGUGCCAUUUGCUUGCAUUGACUCGAGAGAUUCAUGAUUGGGUUUGUGUAGCGCUAUUGGAGCCAAUCAGGGGGACCGGGCGAGCGAGAAACGACGACAGGCUGCACGGUUGAGUGUGAUUUGAAGACCUCAAAGUGCAGUGACCAUGGAGCAGUACACAACCACCACAGGGGAGCAGAUAGUGGUACAAACAGCCAAUGGUCAGAUCCAACAACAGGGCACUGUGACGACGUUGCAGUUGCAGGCUGAGCCAGCUGCUUCGGCCCAGCAGGUUCAGACACUCCAGGUGCAGGGACAGCCUCUGAUGGUGCAGGUGAGCGGGGGGCAGCUCAUCACCUCCUCUGGCCAGCCUAUCAUGGUGCAGGCCAUGGGGGGGCAGGGCCAGACCAUCAUGCAGGUUCCCAUGGCUGGCACUCAGGGGCUCCAACAGAUCCAGCUGGUGCAGCCAGGGCAGAUCCAGCUGCAGGGGGGGCAGACUCUACAGGUGCAGGGGCAGGGGGGGCAGACCCAGCAGAUCAUCAUCCAGCAGCCGCAAACCGCAAUGACCGCUGGGCAGAACCAGGGCCAGCAGCAGAUUACAUUGCAGGGCCAGCAGUUGGCCCAGACGGCUGACGGCCAGACCAUUGUGUACCAGCCAGUCAACGCUGACGGCACUCUUCUCCAACAAGGGAUGAUCACCAUCCCUGCGUCAAGUCUGGCAGGAGCUCAGAUAGUGCAGGCAGGCAACAACACCAACACCACCAACAGUGGCCAGGGCACAGUGACUGUCACGCUGCCCAUGUCUGGGAACAUGGUCAAUACUGGGGGCAUGGUCAUGAUGGUUCCUGGUGGAGGCACGGUACCAGCCAUGCAGCGUAUCCCCCUGCCCGGGGCUGAGAUGCUGGAGGAGGAGCCUCUGUAUGUCAACGCCAAGCAGUACAACCGCAUCCUGAAGAGACGACAGGCCCGCGCCAAGCUGGAGGCCGAGGGCAAAAUCCCCAAGGAGAGAAGGAAAUAUUUGCACGAGUCACGGCACCGCCACGCCAUGAAGAGGAAGAGAGGAGAUGGCGGACGAUUUUUCUCGCCCAAGGAGAAGGAAGAGAUGGCGCUGGCCAUGCAGUUGCAGGGCUAGGAUGGGGUGGUGUAAAGGUACAGUCAGAGCUCCCACCAGCUGGAGAGGAAACCGUGGUGCAGAUGAUUAGUGUGUCCUAACCCGUCGCUAGCCCGAGGAGGCUUGUCUGUAUGUUUGUGCGCUUGUUUCUGUAUGACAAAUGUCAAGUGGAAGAGGGAGAGGACUCCUACACAUCUACCAGUGCAUCUUUCUGGGGACUUACUAAGAAUUCAGCAAGCUGGGCUGGCUCAGAGCACAAUGUGGACUAGUGGAGAGUUUGCCAGCUUUAAGUGCACACCAGAUAGUUAUUCAGAACUACACGGUAACCAUGGAAACACUGGAGAGCAAUCGGGACCCUAGAAGACGGAGGCCGUCUGUUAUGUAAUUGUGAUUUGUACGAACAUUGUUAUAACUCUGUAUCAAAGUUGCUUGAUUUUUAACGCAGUUUUCAUAUUUAUUUGGAACACCUUACUAAAAUGGGUAGCUGUUUGUUCCUGUCCUCUGCUUUAGGUUUUCAGGUUUUGUCUUAUUUGUUGCUGACAGAUUUCAUGUGAAAAGCAAUAAUCUAAGGGCUAUAACCCAAACACUUUUAUUCUUCUUUUGUUUUAGUAUUUAAUAGGUUUUUGCAUGAUCUACUUGAAUUGCAAGUUUAGGCCACAGCAAUACCAAGUUAGUGUACAUAGGUAAUGUGUGUAUCGUUCUGGGCCACAUUGUAUAACAUCAGCUGGGGCUGCCCACACCUUUUCCAGGAAAGCUACCCUCCUGUAAGUUUUCACUUAAUUUAAGUUGUAACUAACCUGCUUCAAUUUGUCAGCCAUUGAAUUGUUAGAAUCAAGAACACUAGGUUGGGGUUGGGAAAAGGGUUGGGCAGCCCUGAUGUAAACUGAAUUCCCUUUUAUAUAACAUGAAUAAAACAACACA